AUGUUCUUCAUCGAAACCCGCGCCGUCUACAGCGUCGUUGCAACAGAGCGCAGCUUCGUGCGGGGCGUUUCUCGCCUGGAGAAGCGAUUAUUCGCCCGCAUGCUCACCAAUAAAACCUUAAAAAGGAAACUACCCGCCGAGAUUGCUGAGAUUGUUGAAGACGAUCUGUUUGACCACUACUGGGCACCAACUGCCAAGUCAUGGGAACGCGUGGAUGAUCUUUGGAGGCGAAAACAUCCGGCCCUGUACUGGGAGAGAUUUAUGACUGAAAAUGCCAUGCGAGCAUGGGGUACGCUUGCGGACAGCCUCGGCCUUGUCCUAGCCGCCCGUGGAGGUCCAUAUGACAACCUGCUCACCGACAACAACUGGAGAGUCGGUUAUUUUACUGAUCCGUUUUUUGUGCACAUUUCCCGUUUUGGUCACUUCACCCAUGGCGACAUUGGACUCCACUUCUGGUCUUUACAGGCCGAUAGAUUCAAAGAGAUACGUGAUAAUGAACGACAACGGGGAAUCUCAUCAACAUACGACUACAACAUCACGCGCCUUCGGAGUGGCAUCUGCAGUACAGCUUUGGAUGAGAAAAGCGGAACAGUUAACGCAUAUUUUGUAGCUCAGAACGGUGCUGAGCACAAAACGAACGAUAGGGUAGAGAGAUUCAUGGAGCUUGAAGGAGUCGAGGAAGCAAUGAAGUCGUGGGAUGGAGAAGCUAUGGAGAAGUGUAUUAAGAUAUUGGGGUUGGACAUGGUAGGCACGAAACGGGGAGGGGAUGAAUUGAAGCCAAGGCUGAGAGUCGUACAAAGCUUUGCAUCAGAUAGUAGCUCGUUCCGGUAGGAUUUGGUAUAAGCAGUUAACGAGAG